AUGAACCCGCCUAAAGACAAUCUCAUCUUCAACCUUACAGGUCAAGAAUUGCAUCCACAAGAAGUAAGUCUGCUUAAUAAGGGCUUAAGUUUUGUUCCAUAUAAAGCCACAGAACCGAGUCGCUCAAAGACUAAAAAGACAUUUUUAAAGAAAAGAAGAGCCGAGAAAUCGACAACCUGCACUCAGUGUGGAAAGAGUUUCUCUACCAAACAAAGUAUUGAUGCUCACAUGAGAGUUCAUACUGGAGAGAAGCCAUUUACAUGUGAUCAAUGUGGAAAGAGCUUCAAUCAAUCAUCAAACUUUAAUGCUCACAUGAGGAUCCACACCAGAGAGAAGCUGUACACAUGUGAUCACUGUGGUAAAACAUUUACUCAGUCAAUAAACCUGAAGAAACACCUGACAGUUCAUACGAAGGAGAAGCCACAUUCAUGUUCUGUGUGUGGAAAGAGUUUUUCACUGCUGCAAAAUUUACAGAGACAUCAGAAAAUACACACUGGUGUGAGAGAGUUCAUGUGCUUUGAGUGUGAGAAGACUUUUACUACAGCAGACUGUUUAAAACGUCACCAGAGAAUUCACACCAGAGAAAAACCUUACAAGUGUUCACACUGUGACAAGAGAUUCAGUCAGUCAUCAGAUCUGAAAAAACAUGAGAGGAUCCACACUGGAGAAAAACCUUACAAGUGUUCACACUGUGACAAGAGAUUCUAUCAGUUAACAAAUCUAAAAACACAUGAGAUGAUCCACACUGGAGAAAAACCUUACAGGUGUUCACACUGUGACAAGAGAUUUAGUCUGACAUCAAAUCUGAAAAGACAUGAGAGGAUCCACACUAGAGAGAAGCCGCACACGUGUGAUCAGAGUUUCACUAUUAAAAAUGACCUGAAGCGACACAUGAAGAUCCAUGCAGUGGAGAAACCAGAUCACCACAGUCUGAAAUCACUGUAAGGUCUGAGUUGUUCAUCUUUAGCAUCAAAAAAGUAUUUUCUGUGUGAGUCAGUCAGAUCUCUCCUCUCCACCUAUACCUGAUGGUGGUGUGAAGAGACCCCUGAAGCACUUUGUGUGUUCAGUAUAUAAAUGCCUCAUUCAUUAAUAGUUCAUAUCAUCAUGUCUGUUGGAAGGUAACUUAUUUGUUUUAUGAAGAACCACCAGAAAGCAUCUGGAAGGAGAGGACAGAGAGAUCCAGUGAUCCAGAACCUGAAGAUGAAACUUCACGAUACUGAAGAACAAAGAGGUUGUGUCAAUGAGUGACAAAGAAACAUCAUCCAAAGUUCAUCUUCAGCAGUUUGUGUUAAUGUACCUACUAGUAUUUGUUUUUGUUUGUUGUGCUCAUAUUCAGAGAGCUGAAGAAGAGGCAUAGAAAGACAAUCUGAUAUUUUUUUAUAUUUUUCUUUAUUGUUUUUCAUUAAAACAUCUAGUUUCUCUUCCACUUCUACUCUUCCAUUCAAAUGUAAGAUAUACUUUCAUAUAGCCUUGAAACUGGACACUUUGCUUCUCUUAUACUAAUGCAUAAUAAAUCAUAUUUCACCACACACAUGACUGUCAUUGAAUGUCAUUGCUGUCUGUCUACAUUAUUAUUUCACCAUUGAUAUCCUGUAUAUACACUUCAAAGAGUUUGUUCUAGUCAGUUUGAUGUUCAUUCACACCAUGAGGCUUCAUGAAGUCAGAAC